GAAUGUUUGUCCAUAUUCUCAUACUGAAUUACUGCUGCUUGGACGCGGGUGAUCUGACGCGUUUCUUAACAAGUCCUUGCUUCGGAGAACACCAGACUUUAUUCUGCAGCAGGACUGUAACAGCAAGACAGCGCAAUGAUGAACAGGAACGGAAUGGUCACAAAGAUUCGCACGCGGAUUAGGACCGACCCCUUCAAGAACAACUAUGAACUGGUCGGCAAAGAGCUUGGCAGGGGCAAGUUUGCCGUAGUAAAGAAGUGUGUGGAAAAAACUACUGGGAAGGAGCAUGCUGCAAAGUUCUUGAGGAAAAGGCGGAAGGGUCAGGAUUGCCGUGGCGACAUUCUGAACGAGAUUGCGGUGCUGGAAUCGGCAGAGAUGAAUCCUUAUGUUGUGGCACUGCAUGAAGUCUACGAGAACACCACAGAAAUCAUCCUCGUAUUAGAGUGUGCUGCUGGAGGUGAAAUUUUUAACCAGUGUGUCGCUGACAAUGAUGAGGCCUUCACAGAGAAAGAUGUCAUCCGAUUGGCCAGGCAGAUUUUAACGGGCGUGACCUGUCUUCAUCAAAACAACGUGGUGCAUCUGGACCUCAAGCCUCAGAACAUCCUGUUGACCAGUGCUCAGCCAUUGGGCGACAUCCGUAUUGUUGAUUUCGGCUUGUCGCGUCGAGUGGACAGUGUGUCGGAGUUACGGGAGAUCCUGGGCACUCCCGAGUAUGUGGCUCCUGAAAUUCUGAACUAUGAGCCCAUCAGCACAGCUACUGACAUGUGGAGCAUUGGUGUACUAACUUACGUGAUGCUGACAGGAGAGUCUCCUUUUCUGGGGGACGACAAACAGGAGACCUUCCUGAACAUCUCCCAGGUCAACGUGGACUACUCACAGGAUGUCUUUCAGGGCGUCUCCGACCUCGCCGUAGACUUCAUCCAAUCACUGCUCAUCAAAGACCCCAGAAAACGAGCAACUGCAGAACAGUGUUUAAAUCAUCCCUGGUUGAACAGCCACUCUCAUCACAAUUCUGUUGACUCUCCUAUCGAUGAACAAGAAGCCAGCCAAUCAGAAUCUGAGCCCGAAAGUCCUGUACCUUCCCCAGAGCUUGUUGUCAUGCCUUCAUUUCCCACCUUCCCGAGCAAGGGGGAGCUGAAGACAGGUCGGGAUGCUUUCAGUUUCUCAGAACCCUUCCCAUCCUGUCCUGAGAUACAACAAGAGCUCAUCUGUUGAGUGACAGACAAGAUUGCUCUAAUGUAGAGCUUCUUGAUUUCUGCAGCUCAGUGAGGUUCCUCUGUGUUACUGACCGAAAGACUCAACCUGCCAAACUGGUUUGGACUGGACAGCGGCAGUUUACUCAGGUGUUUGUGGCACCAGUGUAUGUGUGUAUUUAAAGUCUUUUGUGUAUCGUUGUGUAGGAUAUAUAGCUGUCUGUGUUUGGGCACUGUCAGUGUGAAUUUGAGUCAUCUCCCUUAUGACCACAGAGGUAUGUGCGUGUGUCUACAACAUAUGAGAAUCUGAACAGCUUUUAUAAAUCGUUAAUAAAGCAUUCUUAAGUAAUUUAUAACGGUUCUGAAAUCCUCAAUGGACAUUGGACUUUAUUCUUUUAGCCUGGAUUGAACCUUUUCUGUGCUGUCUGUAAUUGGUCCAAAACUCAAGUUGAAGUCUCCCCAGGAUGUGCCUGCGGCUUUGUAGGAAGGGAAAAGGAAGCUUUGUAGGAAGAAAACAAGAAGCUCUGAGGAAUUGACAUGUUUUAAUCUUCAUCGCUUGUCAUUGGACCAACACAUAUUGUGAAAUAUUACAAAGAACUGAUGUUUCUUCGACGCAAGCCAAUGAUUCUCAUUUGCUCAAUUUUAAACCAGUUCUGUUUAAUUUAACUUCACCAUUAAGGUUCUUAGUCGACACAGUAGAUUUGACAUUUUCUGUUGCAUCAAAUCCAAAUGUUAGGUUGCACCAAACUUUCAGGGUGGUAUCUGCAGUGAACUAUAAAAAGAAUCCAAUGUCAGAGCCCUUUUUGUUCAAGCACUUCUGGUGGGAAAAAAAGAGGUUAUACUCGAAUCUACCAACAAGCACAAGUAGUUCAAGAUGGUAUAAUCAUACAUACCCACAAUUGACUUUUUGUUCUUUUGUCACAUAAUUUCUGUUGAGUGCCACAAAACCAUUUUUUCUGUUCUAAGUCAUUAUAACAAGUUUGCUAUAAUUGCACAUUUGUCUUGUACCAAUAUUGUGUUUUUAUUUGAAUAUCUUCUGUAUGUUAUUUUUAUGUUUGGUUUGGGCAUCAUGGCAAAGGAGGGGUACAUUUCCACCAAUAGAAUGUUGUCAGUGAUUGAGUGGGGCUUAUUUUGAGACCCUCUGAUGUUUGUACUUAAACUGAGGGGCCGUUAAGAAGGUCUUUUGGGAUUUGUAUAUUACAGACAGUUGUGGGAGAUGUUUGCACUUGAGAAGAACAGCGCACAACAAGCAAAAGGCUUUGAAUUAAGUGUGUAUUUUUUAUUUUAAAAAAGAAUGUGUAAAGUAUUUUUCUACAGUCUGUAUUUUAUGAAAAUAUGAGAAAAUAAAAAUAUUGUAAUUUAGGUAUUUUUAACAAGUGCUUAAAAGGUUUGCACUUGUGUCCGAUUGGGCUACUUAUAUGUAUUACUGGCAUGCCUGGCAAAAUAUUGAAGAAAAUAAAUGAUAAUUUUGUAUUAAACAUA